CAAAGCAUGAGCUUGAAGCAUUUUUGAGUUGAGCAGAGAUAGAAGAAAUGAAAGCAACGGAGAAGGUAACCGAUGAGGAUACAAUAAAAAUAUUUUGCCCUAGACUAGUACUAAUAAAAAAUGAACCGGGUCUCCAAUGGCUUAUCGGAUCUCCAUUUUUCCCUCCUUUCACUAUCAUUUCCACCUUAAAAUCCAUCCACACCUCCUCCUCCUCUUCCUUUCCAGACUUCAUCAAAGAAUCAGACGACUUGCGGACGCUGUUGAUAAAAGGAUUGGACGUAAUCGGAGCGUUAGUUGCUGGAGGUUCGAGUUCUGAUGAUGGUGAGAAGAAUGCUCGCGAGGCGAUUGGUUGGGCGAGGAAAUUGAGAGAGUUUGUAAUUGGUGGUGGAGGAGAGAAUUUGGAGAACCGAGAAUUAAUUGGUGCGGUUGCGGGUUUGAGUGGUGGUGAUGUUAAGUUUUUUGUGGAGAGAAAUGGAAAUGUAACGGCCUUUGAUAGUGUUGUUUAUGAAGAGAAUCAGGAGAAUUUUGUUUGGGAGAGAGGCUGUUUGUUUCGAUGUAAUCUACCUAUUAAAAUGCCGGUUUAUUUUCCGGUGAAGAACGAGGCUGAUGCAGAAAAGAUGUACUUGCGUGCAGCUGAAGCGGUUGCUAGCAGUUUCAAAGACCCAUUGGCUACCUACAUGGUAGAAAGAUUAAGCAAAGACAUAUCAAGUGUACCUCAACCUGUCAUUAUCCGUGGUGUAGACUUGGAUUUUAACACAGAUCUCACAAAUAUCAAGCUUGUGGAUGACAAAGCUGCUCAAGAUUCUGAUGCAAAAAAAUUGACAUGCGCACACUUUUGUUUGAAAAGCAAAUCUUCCCCGGGAUUGAUUUCUGUAGAGAAUGCAGAUGUAAUCCAAGUGAGCGUUCUGUUCAAUAGUUCAGGAAAGUCCCCUAAAUCUUCAGCUCCCCUUGCGGAAUAUUUUCCAGCUUUGGAAGAAGCCAGACUUUUUUUUGUGAAUUUUGAGCUGGAAGUGCUCUGCUAUGUGGCAAAGGAUCUUCUGCUGAUGUCUGCAAUUUCAAAGUUGAUCGUCCCUGCUUUAGUUGACCAGUUCAAUUCAAUGAAAAAGGCAGUCUUGCCCAAACUCUUAGUUCAACACCCACAGCUAUGUUCAUAUCACUUUAAUCCACCUGGGCUGUUGCAUCCUAUAACAGUUAUCUAUGAACUCAAUUAUGGGGAGACAGAAUUGAAACAAGUUGAAGUCAGAAGAUCCUUACACACGAGGCUGGGAUUACCUUUUGAUCGUCCGCUUCUAAGAAUUGCUAAUGCUCUUGAUUUCUCUAUGAUGAAGGAUGGUUCAGGAAACAGCUCUAAACGAAAAGGGCCUUCUUUGCUCAAAGAUGUACAUAUCGGGAUUCCAAGUAGCGGGGUCUCAGGAGGCGUUGUCUCUCUGGUUCAAGGUUCUUAUGAAUACCAUCACUAUCUUCAAGAUGGCUUUGAUGAUUCAGGCUGGGGCUGUGCUUAUCGCUCUCUGCAGACUAUCAUUUCAUGGUUCAGACUCCAACACUACACAUCCAUUGAUGUUCCUUCUCAUAGGGAAAUACAACAAGCACUUGUGGAGAUCGGAGAUAAAGAUCCUUCUUUUAUUGGAUCACGUGAAUGGAUUGGUGCUAUUGAGUUGAGCUUUGUUUUAGAUAAACUUCUGGGCGUAAGUUGCAAGAUCAUAAAUGUUAGAUCCGGAGCUGAGCUUCCUGAAAAAUGUCGAGAGCUGGCCUUGCACUUUGAGAAUCAAGGAACACCUAUCAUGAUUGGUGGUGGUGUUCUUGCAUACACCCUUCUAGGAGUUGAUUACAAUGAAGUGAGUGGAGAUUGUGCAUUUCUAAUACUUGAUCCGCACUAUACUGGCAAUGAUGAUCACAAGAAAAUUGUAAAUGGUGGAUGGUGUGGAUGGAAAAAGGCUGUUGAUAGCAAGGGAAGGAAUUUCUUUUUACAUGACAAGUUCUAUAAUCUUCUCCUGCCGCAGAGGCCCAGCAUGGUGUAGUAGUAGGAGACAUAGAUAGAUAGACAAACAAUCUGAUACUCCCAAGGCUCAACCCCUUUAUGUAGAAAGUGAAAUCUUUUAGCAAUUUGCUUGACAUGAAGAGUGUUAUAUUUAGUAGGGGUUGAUAUAAGCCACAGGCAAAUUUCUCAA